UCCUUUCGCUUCUCUCUUCACAAAGGCCAAAGCCUUCCCCGCAGUUCACACUCCCAUCGUAGUUCUCGAGCCCUCUAAUCCGAUCCCAUUCCUUGCCAUGGACGCGGCGGGGGGCGAGCAGGAGCAGCAGCUGAGCCUGGCCGCGGUGCGCGACGCGCUGAUCCGGUUGGAGGACUCUGUCGUGUUCGCGCUCAUCGAGCGCGCCAGGCACCCGCGCAACGCGCCGGCCUACGCUCCCGCCGGCGGCGGGGACGGGUCCCUCCUCGAGGUCUUUGUCCGGGAAACAGAGGCCCUGAAUGCCAAGGCUGGACGUUAUCAAAAGCCGGAAGAUGUUCUGUUCUUUUCUCAAGAUCUUCCCUCACAUCUCCUUCCUACCAAAAUUCAACCAAAGGUGUUGCACCCUCUCGCUUCAUCGGUAAGUGUGAAUGAUGCGAUAUGGAAAAUGUAUUUCAACGAAUUGCUGCCGUUAUUCACUGUGGAUGGUGACGAUGGUGACUAUGCAGAAACAGUUGCACUAGAUUUUGCAUGUCUGCAGGUUCUAUCAAGAAGGAUCCAUUACGGCAAAUAUGUUGCUGAGGUGAAGUUCAAAGACGCUCCUCAAGAUUAUAGUCCACUAAUACAAGCUAAGGACAGUAACUCUCUGAUGAAUUUGCUGACGUUCAAGGCUGUUGAAGAAAAGGUCAAGAAGAGAGUAGAGAAGAAGGCUAGGAUAUUCGGACAGAACGUCACCUUGGAGGACAAUGUUGGCACACAAGAAAGCAGUGCUGGUGACUGUGAAUGCAAAGUUGAUCCCAAAGUGCUCGCUAAGCUGUAUGAUCAGUGGGUGAUGCCAUUGACGAAGAACGUUGAAGUUGAGUAUCUCCUGCGCCGUCUCGACUGAUCACCAAAAUAGCUGCAGCUGCAAAUAUGAUGUGUGCUUUUGAGUUCUGUGAUCAGAGUGCUGUAAACAUGCCUUCAUUGUCAUAUUCAAACUCAAUUACGAGAGAAUUUGGACAUGUCUCAGUCCGGCGAAUGGCAAUCUUUUUUAAUGCACGUAACAUUUUGCACAA